AUGUCAGUCGAAGAAGAAACAGAAUAUCCGUCUUUUCCAUCUCCACAAGUCGAUCCUCAACAUUUUUCUGCUCGUUGUCGUUCAGUAUCUCGAAGACGUGGUCGUAGUUUGAAUUCUGCUCGCGUUCAAAGUCUUAACCGUACUGCUAAACGUGAGACUUCCACACCAAAACAAACGCGUUCUAGUGACCGUAGUUCAAAUCAAUCGUCAACCAACAAUCAAUCAUCAAUUCGCACCAAAGAAAUAAAAGGAAAUGUUGCUACCCCUCUUGUUUCACCUAUUCCAUCAUCAAAUCCACCUGAUCGUUCUCAAUCGCCGGUUUCACCAUUGCCUUUCGACUGUCCAUCGGAUGAUGAACAACAUAAAAAACAAAAGGAUAACGAAAAUCCUUAUCAAUCAAUCGCUAUUGAUCAAAAUGUUGUUUAUUUUAUUGAUAGUUAUAUACAUCCAAAACCAUUCAUGUUAGCCAUUGGUCGUAAUCGUAAUGGUAUAUUAAAACUAAUACCAACAUAUAAAAUUCGACAUUGUUUUCUAUUUCAACAAAGUAGUCAUUUAGAUAUUGAUUUUAUUGAGCAACAACAAUUAAAACUUGAUACGAAUUAUCCAUCAGUUGAUUUUCGACGUUAUCAAAAUGAUCAAUCUAUGGCUUUCACCUAUCAACCAAUUAAUUCUAUUCGAAAUAUUUUAUUAUACAGAGUUUCUCGAUUACUUGUCGAUCUUGAUCAAAAUGAUGAUACACCGAUUUUAAUAUGCAUUGAUGAAAUUCGUGCAGGUGCUAUUAUAUAUCUUCUUACAAAUUUAAUGGAACAAUUCAAUAUUGAUAAUACAGUUGAUAUAUUUCAUCAAGCAAGAAAAAUUGCUUAUUCUUGUCCGGCAUUCAGAACGGAAGAUGAUUUUAGAGAUAUGUAUGAAUGGAUUAAAAUUUGGACAGACCAUGAUCUAAAAAGUCAAACGAAUUGA